AUGUUCAACACCAGCGGAAUGGAGUGGUUGCUGCCAUUCGUUUCCUGCCUUCUAGUGACCUUCACGAUAUUACCGAUUCAACAGUCUAAUGCCCAAUUAACACUUGACCAAAUGCGUAUAGUGUCGACGCGAACGAAUGAAUCGCAUUUCGAAAGUAUGCUAAAAAGCAUCCUCAAGCCCCGUAUUGUUGGCACCGCCACGCAUAGUGAAGUUAAGCGAAGCAUCAUCGACGAACUUAAAACCCUUGGCUUCACCGUGGAACUGGAUGAGUUUAACCAGAAGGCACCACAUUUUGGAAUGCUAAAAUUUACCAACAUCGUUGGCAAACUGAACCCCGCGGCAGAUAAGUUUCUUGCUCUGGCCUGUCAUUACGAUAGCAAAUACUUUCGCGAGCAUGCCUUCGUCGGUGCCGUAGAUUCGGCCGUCCCCUGUGCAAUGAUGCUGAAUUUGGCGAAAACGACUGAUUCGGCGCUGAAGCUUUUGCGCAACAACACGGACCUGAGUCUGAUGCUGCUGUUCUUCGAUGGUGAGGAAGCGUUCCGGAAGUGGUCCGCAACGGACUCUCUGUACGGUUCGAAACAUUUGGCAACCAAAUGGACUACGGCUCCGUACGUUUCGAAAGCAUUGGGCAAAUCGAUGCGCGAAAUUGAUCGUGUCCAGCUGCUCGUGUUGUUGGAUUUGAUUGGAAGUGAAGAACCCAAGUUUUACAACUUUUUCCCCAACACUCGUAAUUACCACCGGCGAUUGAGCAAAAUCGAGAAUAGUCUGCGGCAGAACAAGCUUUUGGUGAAAGAUCCCAAGGGUGGUACUAUGUUCCUCGAUCAAACGCUAUACAACCGGAUCGAAGAUGAUCAUCUACCUUUUCUCAAGAGAAAUAUCCCAGUGCUGCAUUUAAUUCCAGUUCCAUUUCCAAAAUACUGGCACAAACCGGAAGACAACGAGGCAAAUCUUAGUCGUCCAACGAUCAAGAACAUUAAUGCUGUCUUACGGAUAUUUAUGCUCGAGCAUUUAACGUUUUGCAACAGUAAAUAUGGACGAUCGGUGCAAACUUGCUUACAGUAA